AUGGUGAAUACAGCCCGUCUGAAGAUGAUGGAGAAACCGACAGUGACAAGUGGUAUCAAUUCCCGGAAUUCUUUAGUGAGGAAGAUGAGGAAGAGAGUGAUCAUGUUGAAGCUGAUCAAGACAAUGAAGAUUCAGACUCAGAUUCAGAUUCAGGAAGAUGAGGAAGAGAGUGAUCAUGUUGAAGCUGGUCAAGACAGUGAAGAUUCAGACUCAAAUUCAGAUUCAUAUUUGUCUUCAUCAGAUGAUGGUGGAGAGGAGAAUGCAGACGACGACUGGCAUGAGAUUUCUGAUGAAGAAGCGGACAAUGAUGAUGGAGUAGUAUUACCAGAGUGCUCAAGUGAAGAAGAGGAAGAAUACUGUCCAUCACAGAGCGAAGAUGAGGAAAACUCAUCCGCAGCGGAGGGGGUGGUUUAUGAGGUGAUCGCGGAGCCACAGGAGCCGCAAGAGCAAGCGCCGCAGCAGGAGAUUUCUGAUCACACGUCCCAAGGCCCAGUUCACCCUAGUACUGAGCAGCAGCCAGAAGAACCCCAGGACAUUGACUUCUGCCCCUGCUGUGCCAAGUUCAUCUGCCACAAUGCAGAGGGGUGGCAGUUUCCAGAGUACUUCACUAAAGAGGAAGAAGAGCCUGACGAAGAGGAGGACGAGGACGAGGCGGGAGAAGUAGAUGGUGAAUACAGUCCGUCUGAAGAUGAUGGAGAAAUGGAACCUGAAGAUUGGUACCGUUUCCCAGAAUUCUUUAGUGAGGAAGAAGAGGAAGGAGCUGAUCAAGAUGCCGAAUCAGAGGAUGAGUCUGAUUCAGAUUUCUCCCUGCCUGAGGACGAUGAGGAGGAAGAUGAUGAUGAAUUACACUCGCAGAAUACUGAUUUUAUGGACGAUCUUUAUUCUGAGUCAGAGUCUGAACCUGACGACAAGAACAAGGAUUCAGAUUACUUGCCUUCGGAAUCAGAAGAUUCGGACUGA